ACGUUGGCAUUAUUAAUCAUCGUCAGUCAGACGGAAGGAAAUGGGAAUGUGAUUGGAAGUCCGUGUGGAACUGGAAUGGACAGUGGAAGCUCGAGCCCAAACUUUACAUUGAACACCGUGUACUACAAUCACAGGGUUCUCUUCCUAACUGUGCUGGGCACGUUGACUUUAACCCUCCUUGGUUGUUUGGGUUGCCUCUGCUGUUGCUGCUGCUUCCGUUGGUCGACGAGAAAUGUGGAGAGUCUGGAUGCGUAUGCUCCACGCACACAGAGCAUUGUGUGGCCACCCCUGCCCGAGGAAACAGCUCAUGUCCUGGAACUGACCUUUCUACAUACACCUGGUGCCGUAGAUUGUCUGUGCAGUGCCUGCGAGCUGGCUAAGAAAGUGCGAUGCAUUGAAAAUUGCCUAAAUGCAUCUGAAUACAAUUACUGGCUUAAUGAGACACAGUCAGUGCAAGAGGACGACAAUGCGACAAAUAAUUCAGUUGGCUAUAAAAUUAUUAGCGAUAUAAGUGAAAGCAAUAACAGCAUUGUUGCUCGUGUGGAUCCACUAACGAAGGUAGCAUUCGUGGCAUUGCUGCUCCACAUACUCGUCGUGGUCGGAGGCAUCAUCAUCUACAGCGUCGUCUACUGCAAACAUCGUGCGGCAAAACGAAGGCCGCUGGAGGUAAAACACCGCCUACAAAGUCCGUUAACACUGAAGCACGUGCCCAAUAUUCCAAAUUGCCGUUGUCAUGGUUGUCUUGUGGCCAGACAAAUUCUGAGUGGCCUGAUCGUACAAUCCAUCAUAAAGGAGCGUUCAGAAAGUGCACAAGCACAAAAUGAAUCACCUUAAUUGUAGAUCCAACAAAAUGUUGACAAAUAAGGCACUUGGGCGGCAUCAGGAAUUAGUAUGUAUGUAGUUUGGGUAAGCUGUUUUUAAGAUAAACGGUAGAGUUGUAUCGAAUCGUUCAGAAUAAGUUCGAUUGAUUGAACAAAAAAAAAGUGAACGAACGAACUACGUCCCUGAUUUUACAGGGUGCGCUAUUUUUUAUGUCGCUCCGUCAACAUUAAAUUACUUUAAAUUCA